GCGGAGGGGCCGCGGCGGCCGCUCUUGGUCCUGCCCCCGAGGGGCAGAGCCGGGAGCCGCGCUCGCGGCGCUCAUGGCAAAGCCAUUAGCUCAGCCGUGCUGCGGAGAGGUCCCGAGGACAGCGCGGCCGGGCUCGGCGGAGGGUGAGCGCGGGCCGGAGCGGGGCAGCUUGCUGGGCUCCGGGCACGUCUCCCGUCCUUCCCGGUGCGGCCGUGGGGCCGUUCGGCGGAGCCCUAGGUACAACCAGUGGAUAAGCAAUGUGCACUGCUCUGAGCCCGAAGGCACGUGGGCCUGGCCUCUCUGAUAUGCAUCAAUACAGUCAGUGGCUUGCCAGCAGACAUGAGGCCAACUUGUUGCCAAUGAAAGAGGAUUUGGCCCUGUGGCUCACGAACUUACUGGGUAGAGAAAUAACAGCAGAAACCUUUAUGGAGAAAUUGGAUAACGGUGCCUUGCUUUGUCGGUUAGCUGAGACCCUGCAGGAGAAAUUUAAAGAAAACAGCUUUGAGGCAAACAAACCUGGCAAAACCUUGCCAGUACGGAAGAUUCCAUGCAAAGCCAAUGCACCUUCAGGGUCCUUUUUUGCACGAGACAACACAGCAAAUUUCUUAUCCUGGUGCAGAGACGUAGGGGUGGAUGAUACCUGCCUCUUUGAAUCAGAAGGUUUGGUUCUCCACAAGCAACCAAGAGAAGUGUGCCUUUGUUUGCUGGAACUCGGACGGAUUGCAGCAAGGUUUGGGGUAGAGCCUCCUGGAUUAAUAAAGCUGGAAAAAGAGAUUGAACAAGAGGAAACACUUUCAGCCCCACUUCCAUCUCCUUCACCCUCACCAACAAAGUCUCCUGGGAAAAAGAGUACAGGGAAGCUGUUGGAUGAUGCUGUUAAACACAUUUCUGAAGAUCCACCUUGUAAAUGCCCUAAUAAAUUCUGUGUGGAGCGCCUUUCGCAAGGAAGAUACAGAGUUGGAGAGAAGAUCCUCUUUAUCAGGAUGCUGCACAACAAGCAUGUGAUGGUCCGUGUUGGAGGAGGAUGGGAGACUUUUGCAGGUUACUUACUGAAACACGACCCAUGCCGAAUGCUGCAGAUCUCACGAGUGGAUGGGAAAACUUCUCCAGUCCAGAGCAAGUCUCCAACUCUCAGGGACAUUAAUCCAGACAACUAUCUGGUUGUUUCUGCCCAUUACAAAACCAAGAAGGAGAUUAAGUGAAAGAAGCUUCUCAUGCAAUUGGGACUCUAUAUACGUAGGUCCAAAUUAUUUUCUCAAGUGUAGUAAAUUUAGUUCAUGCUUUAAAAGGACUUCAGAAAACUUAAGACAGACUGGAAAUGGCAACCCAUUUUGAAGAUCUCUGAAUUGUAGAACUAUUUAUUUCUAGUACUGUAUCUUUUAUAGCAAAUUACCCUUGCUAGGCUAAUUACUACAAUCUGAUAAGAAAUAGACAUAUAUUUUUAGCCAAAUUAUUACUCUUUAAUACGUGAAUGUAUACGUAGAGUUACAUAAAGGAGUGGAUCUUGUUAAUGGAAGAAAAUACAUAAUACAAUAUAUUUGUAUGAAAAUCUUAUGACAUUGAAUCCUUCACUGUUAGGUUAGUCAGAAAAUAUAUCUAUGCAGGUGGAAAGAAGUAUUGGUGGGAAUUAUUUGGUAAUGCCUCUUGAAAUCAGAAUUGACUAUUUUUUAUGGGUUGCAAGAUAUUUUUUUAAACCAACAGAGUAUGAAGAGACUCGUUGCAUGCCAAACAAAUUCCCAAAGUGAUUACUUAAAAAAGAAAAAAGCCCAAGAAAAAGGAGCCACGACCCUUGUACUCUUUAAAGCUGAAGACAAUACUUAGUGCUAGAUGUGCGUGUAGAUCCUUCCUGUUCCUGACAAAGUUGCCCCAUAUAGAAAGGGGAGGAAGCCAAGAGGUUGCCCCUUCCUCUCCCAGACGAUAGUGCUAGCUAGUACGAGCAGCAUGCUGCGCUGCAGGCCUUGAAGGGAAGCUGUAAAGGAUGCACAGCUUUCUACCCAAGGGGGUUCAGAAGAUGCAAGUCCAUCCUUUGUCACAAAACACUGCACUAUUCUUGAAUCUGAGCUUUUCCUUCCCCUGAUUUGUAAUUCUGUUGGUCAUGCCAAAUAUAAACUAUUCAUUACCCCGUCAGUUGAGCGAUUCACAUUCUUGUAUAUCAUUCACACACCUCUAAAAUAGCUAAAGGCAUACCGGGGCUUAGUUCAUAAUUUUGGCUACUCUUCUUUGUUUAUAUUUGGUAAUUUGUAUGCCUUAUAACUUCCUAGAAAAAUCAUCUUAUAGGAUUAUUUCACUGACUGUGUAAAUUUGAGCAGAACUCAUUUCAUUACAAAUGAAAUAAACUUUUUAAAACUACUCAUA